AUGAAAGAUAAGGUUAUCUCAGUUUAUUAAAAUCAAAUUUCUGUUCUCAAUAUACUAGAUAUAUUUUAACCAAUUAUAGUUGAAAAAUUAUAAAAUACUAAGGAUUUUAUAUCAACUAUUGCAAAGCUUAGCGAUGAUUUUUUUAUUGUUGGACUAGUAAAUGGUCAAUUUUAACUACGGAGUUUAUCUUAACCAAGUUUUCAACAAAUAUUUGAUAGCCCACUUUACAAUUGCGAUUGGCGAUGA